AUGGAACUGGACCCGAUCCCGGCAGACGAACAUCUCCAAGCGCCGAGCCCGAACGCUUCCUUAACCAGAACCCGAACGGCCUUGGAAACGUUCACCGUCCUCAGCGCGCUUUGCGCAGGCGUGUUUGUGGCUGCCCUCGAUGUCACCAUCAUUACGACCGCAUUACCCACGAUCGCCAGUCAUUUUCAGUCGAGCUCUGCCUAUACAUGGAUUGGGAGCGCCUACAUUUUGGCCAACACGGCCACUGUGCCCGCGUGGGGAAAAGUCUCAGAUAUUUGGGGCCGAAAGCCGUUGCUCCUAGUGGCCAUCGGCAUUUUUUUCGCCGGGAGCCUGAUCUGCUCCGUCGGGAAUACGAUUGCUCUGUUCCUAUUCGGCCGGGCCGUCCAGGGGCUGGGGGCAGCUGGCCUGAUUACCCUCGUGAAUAUCUGCGUCAGUGAUCUAUUUUCCUUGAGAGACAGGGGGCUAUACUUCGGUCUCAUCUCUGUCGUGUGGGCCCUGGCGAGUGGGGUUGGCCCCGUCCUCGGCGGAGUAUUUACCCAGAGAGCAAGUUGGCGAUGGUGCUUCUGGAUCAAUCUCCCAAUCACUGGACUAGUGUUCCUUUUGCUCUGGUUCACCCUCAAGCUUGAGACUCCCAAUACCCCGAUUUGGAGUGGGUUGAAAGCUGUCGACUGGACCGGGUGUUUAUUCGUCAUUGGCAGCACUAUCAUGCUGUUACUUGGCCUUGACUUUGGCGGCGUCACGCACCCAUGGAACUCGGCCACGGUAAUCUGUCUGAUUGUCUUUGCCGGUGUGCUUCUGGGUCUCUUUGUCCUCAACGAAUGGAAAUUGGUCAAGUACCCCGUCAUUCCUUUGGUCCUGUUCCACCACCGGUCCGGUAUAGCUGCGUUCUUAGUUUGCUUUUGCCAUGGCUACAUUUUCAUGGGGGAGGCAUACUACCUGCCUCUCUAUUUCCAGGCGGUGCUGGGUUCCAGCCCCAUCAUGUCGGGAGUUUACAUUCUUCCGUUUGUCUUGGCACUUACGGUAUCCGCUGCACUGACAGGGCUCUUCAUUCAGAAGACGGGCAAAUACGUCCCGGCCGUGUGGGUGGGACUGGCCAUAAUGACGCUGGGGGCGGGACUACUCAUCAACCUUGAUACCACGGCCAAUUGGGGAAAAAUAAUGGGAUUUCAAAUCAUCGCUGGCGUUGGGGUCGGCCUUAACUUUGAGGGACCAUUGCUAGCCCUCCAGGCUAUAGUUGGGGUGGAGAAUACUGCUACCGCCACUGCCACCAUCGGGUUUGUGAGAACAUUGUCUACGGCAGUCUCAGUCGUCAUCGGUACUGUCGUGUUUCAAAACCAGAUGGCACAGAAAGCCCCGGAAUUAGUCUCUGUUCUCGGGCAAUCACUAGCCAGUGAAAUAGCAAAAGCUGCAAUGGCUAGCGUUGAGAUCAUCAACGCCCUACCCCAGGACCAGCGGCUGGUCGCCCGACAAGCCAUCUACGAGUCACUCAGAACGGUCUGGAUUAUGUAUGUUGCAUUUUCUGGAGUGGGUCUGAUAGCAGGAUUCUUUGUCGGCGCCCAUCAUCUUACUACGGAACUCAAGGCUCCCGUCCUUGGUUUGCAAGACGAGGAUGAAAAUUGA